CACCUCCCGGUACGCACGCACGCAGUAAGCCCAAGCUUCAUAAACGAGCUGCUGCCGCUGUGGUGUCUCAGUGUUUCCACUGAUUCCACAUCAGUGAAGCAGCUCAGAGAAGAUGGCACUGGCCGACACAGAGCGCGGAGUGUCCAGCUGCGGGGAUUCGGGCGCCCAGUUUUCCGAGAUCAUCGAGCUGAAUGUCGGCGGACAGGUUUAUGUCACCAGACACAAAACUCUGAUCGCCGUCCCAGACUCACUCUUGUGGAACAUGUUCAGCAAGAAGUCACCCAAGGAGUUGGCGAGAGACAGCAAAGGGCGCUUCUUCUUGGACAGGGAUGGGUUCUUGUUCCGCUACAUCCUCGACUAUCUCCGAGACCUCAACUUGGUCCUCCCGGACUACUUCCCCGAGAAAAGUCGGCUGCAGAGGGAGGCUGACUUUUUCCAGCUGCGGGACCUCGCAAAACGCCUCAGUCCCCGGGUGAGUAAAGAGAAUUCAAUCAGUGAGGAGAUCAGCCAGAGCGACACAGAAGACGGCGGGCAGCAGUGCGGCUCCUCCGGCGGCUUGGAGACUUUACGCACCAUGUCUGUCAGCGGAGCCAUGCGCUCCCCGUCUCUGGACUCUAGAAAGUCCGGCUACAUCACGAUAGGAUACCGCGGCUCGUACACUAUUGGCAGAGACAUCCAAACCGAUGCUAAGUUCAGGAGAGUGGCGCGCAUCACAGUUUGCGGUAAGACCUCUCUGGCCAAAGAAGUGUUUGGGGACACGCUGAAUGAGAGCAGAGACCCGGACAGGCCCCCUGAGAGAUACACAUCCCGGUACUAUCUCAAGUAUAAUUUUCUAGAGCAGGCAUUUGACAAGCUGACAGAAGCGGGCUUCCACAUGGUGGCCUGCAGCUCCACAGGCACCUGUGCCUACACCAGCAACGAUCCCAAUGAGGACAAAAUUUGGACAAGCUACACUGAAUACGUUUUCUGUCGGGAAUAACCAACACCAUUCGCGCCACGUCCGUGUAAAUAUACCUACAUUUCACACCACAGAGGAAUGUCUUCGAAGAGUAGUGCAGUUUCUGUGCUGAUUGGUGACUUUUGUUAAGGAGUGACUGUACCAUAUUGCUCCAUUAUUGCCAGAAAUUAGACACAAAAUGCUCCCCCCCCCCCCCCCCCCCCCCAAAAAAAAAAAAAAAUUAUUUUACACACAAGAUUUUGUUAAGAUGGCUUGAAAAGAUGAAGCUGUUCUGAGGUUCAAAGUGAGCAAAACUCAAAGCACUGCAAACAUCAUCUCCAUCUCAUAGAACUGCAUGUCAGUGUUUCAGUCAUGUCUGACUCAGUGCUGUGUGAAUUGAGUGGCAUCCAGGAACAGACCAGCAGCAAUUAGUAUUCAGUGUCAUUGUGACUUCUAGGCUUGCUUGAGCACUUGUUUGGCCAAGUUUUGUAUUAUCUAAUAGGCUCUUAUAGCAGUUCUAUCACUGACACGAUUGUAAUUGUAUGUGAAGUGUUGGUAGAGUUGUAUUUGUUAUAAACUUACUCAUUACAAAUAAAGUCUUCUAACUCUGUUAUUCUCAGCCAUUUGCCAGUCAUCCUACCUUCCUUUUAAUGUCUGCACAAAGAGUACACAACAACAAAAAAUACUGGCAUUCACCUCUCUCCAACCUUUUAAACCAUCCUCAGUGGGGGAAUCAAAGAGUCAGCCUCAAAGAGAGAUGCCCUACACAGAAAUCUCACCCCGUCGUGGCAGUGGAGCCGCCAGCUCGACAAAAUUUGUCACACAGUUUUAACCCAGAAGCGACGUGUUACAGAGUAGUGUCCCUGCUUGUCAUUGCACUCACGCAUCACUUACAAAAUCCUGACUCUGAACUUUCCUUGCCUCCCACUUAUUGUAUCACAUUUGCAAACUGCCCUUAUAAGGUGCUAUGUGCUUCCCAGUAACCUUUGCCCUGUUAUCAGCCCCCCCUCCAAAAAACCCACAAAACAAACAAGCUCCACAUCUGAAGAGACGAGCCUUUAAAUAUUGCAGGAGCAUCCUUUUUCCCCCCUACCUAUCCAUUUUGGUACACAAAUUCAUCAGCAUGCAGCAUGGAUGCAAAUAGUGCAGCUGUGCACACAUGAUGUCAUUAUCAUUUCAAGUGUAAAUAAUGAAAGGGUCCAGCUGCACACAAAUAGGAGGGUUCAGUCCGCCAGGGACUGUGGAUGAAUGGAGAUUCGAUUGGUGUACCUCGGCUGUGGGGGACGGAUUUUUUUUUGACUGGCCAGCGUACAGCCAGUCCUGGAUUAUACGUUUCAUUCAAAACAGACAUGUAAAAAAAGUCCCCAUAUUCAAGGCCAUGGGUGGGAUUAUAGGAAAUCAGGGGCUUACAGAGUCACAGUCUCUGUAGGGGUCCGGGACAUCCACCCAAAGGGAACAUCUUUGCUAAAUGCAUCACUCUGCUUCAAUUUGGUUCAAGAAUGUUGGAGAAAGGUUCUUUUCAUAAGGAUGACAAUUUAGACAUUACUGUUUGUAUAUAAAUGGUUCCUAAUAAAUGCACUCUAAAAGAUAA